AUGAAUCUCAGUGGAAACUGUAUAGGGGGCUCAGGGCUAUUGAUGGGAAUUAUAGUGGUGAUACUGCAACAAAGUAACCCAGGUCCUGACUGCCCUGAUGGGAAAUAUGGAGCUGGUUGUACUCAGACAUGUCACUGUACCCAAGGAUGUAAUAAAUCAGAUGACGAUCUACUUGUGUCUGGAGAAUGUACUACAAGUGGAGAUACUUGUGAUGAUGGAUGGGGUGGUGAAAACUGUAGAGUUCCUUCCUCUUGUCCUGAUGGUUUCUAUGGUGAAUUAUGCAACUAUAAUUGCCAUUGCAAAAGCAAUGCAGCAUGUGAUAAGAUCACUGGUGUUUGUCCAAAUGGAGAUUGUGCACCAGGAUGGAUAAAUCUAGAUACUAUAGAUUCUGAUUGUCAACAAGAUGGUCGUCCCAACUAUAAAAGCUUCUUCUAUCACAAAGUCAACCCUGGUGAAGAAACACAUUUCAUAUGUGGAAUCAUUGGAAACCCUGUAGUAGCAAAUAAUGAAAUGAAGUUAUGGAAACUGGGUACAACUGACUUACUGUCUCCUACUACCUAUAAUGAUGGUGACAAAUACACAGCUAUUGGAAAUUUCACUGUUGUUGUUGUUCAGAAUGAUGAUGUAUAUUUCUGUGGUGCUCCAUAUAUUGGAUUUAAUGGAUUCUCAAUCACUUUACAACUAUAUGAUCUGCCAAGAUUUCAUGCUAGUAACAAACCAAAAGUAUCAGAUAGUCAAUCUGACAAGCUUACUGUGACCUGGAACAAAUGGACUACUGAUGAUAUUGGAGAUGGACCAGUUGAAUCUUAUAAAGUAUACUACAGAGAGAGUGGUGAGAGUGACUGGAUAUCAGGUGAAGUUAUACCAGUCAGUGAUUCAAGUCAGAUGAGUUAUACAUCAACCAUCACAGGAUUACAAUGGUCUACUGAAUAUGAAAUUACAGUGACUGUUAAAAGACCGGGUCCACUUGGUGAAGGAAAUAAAGACACUACUAUAACAGAAACUACCCUGUGUGCAACUCCACAAGCACCAAUAAUUCAUCAAGUGUCAUCACCAGAGUUGAAUCAACUGGAAGUUCAUGUGCAGGUCUCUGCCUUUACUGGAGCUGGAAUGGGUGAAUACAGUGAUGUAGCAAGUAUUCAAACCACAGAAACAAUUCCAGGACAGUUGAGUAGCAUAUAUGUACUCAGUGCUACAGAAAACAGUAUUACAGUUAAUUGGACUGAUCCUGUUAUAUUUAGUGGUGAAAUAGAAACAUAUGGAAUUACAUACAAGUCACUUCACUCUGUGUAUUCCUCGACUGCACCUGUAUCAAAAGAUCUCCUGGUAACAGAACCUCCUCCUUACACCUUGAAAGGGCUACCAGCAGCAACACAGUUUGAAAUAUCAGUGAAUGCAAGUACAUCAAAGGGAUUUGGUGAACAUAAAACUAUUAUCAGUGGAACUAAAAUUGUAAUUGAUGAUAUUUCUGUUAUUUUGGUGCCUGUCGUGGUGACUGCUCCAGUAUUGACGGAAACUACAGCAACAAUUAAUUUGCGGAAGUUUGAUGAUAAUGUAGACAUUAAUAAAGAUACAGAACAAAUGAAGUAUGUUGUAGUUGUUGAAGAGAAGCACCAGCAGCAAAAGCGUGAUUUAGAAGAAAAUCAGUAUAUCAUAGCAUUAUUUCCACUGAAUGAAAUCCCUGAUCAACUUAUAGUGGGUGAUGCUGGAGCAGUUAGUGAUCCUGGAACCAGUACAGAUACUUCCAGUGGCAUAAUUGGUGGUGUAAUUGCAGCUGUUCUCAUCGUUGCAGUUGUAAUAGCUCUAGUGUUUGUUUUAAAGCGGCGACAACAAAAUGCAAAGACUGGCAAAAAAUAUGAAGAGGCGCAAAUGCAGUCUACUCAUGAUGAGAAUGCUUAUGCAAAUGUGGAUGAGUCAAGGAGAGCUUACGUAGAUGGUGCUAAAUGGAAGGAAUCAUCUCAACAGAAUGUUGUCAUUAAUCCUAUCAAAGAUGGUGACACUGGUGAACUUCAGUACAUGAAACCAGAAAGAUCAGUGAAGCCUUCAAAGCCUCCAAAGCCAGCAGUGGUCCCUCUUGCUAAAUUUGUACCUGUGAAGAGUAUUCCACCAAAGCCAAUAAUUAAAUCAAGACUUAACUCACAACACGUAAUUAAAAUUGAUGACUUGGCAGAUUAUAUUAUCAAGAAGAGGAAAGAAAACAAGUUUGUUGAGGAAUACAAGCUAUUACCACAGAGUACAGGUACAAUACCCCAUGAAGCUGCCAAGAAUCCAGACAAUAAACAGAAGAACAGAUUCCGCAAUGUUCUAUCAUAUGACCAUUCUAGAGUGGUAUUGGAUGUGAUUAAUGAUGAUCCCAAUUCAGAUUAUAUCAAUGCCAACUAUAUUGAUGGCUACCAGAAGCAUAAAGCAUUCAUAGCUACCCAAGGUCCAAAUGGAUUGACUGUUGUUGAUUUUUGGAGAAUGAUUGUGCAGGAGAAUGUUACCACUAUUCUAAUGGCUACCAAUCUAGCAGAAUCAGGAAAGAUCAAAUGUGUCCAGUACUGGCCAGAGAAAGGGUCUAUGAAAUAUGGUUCUGUGUCUGUUACACUUGAGAAGACCAAAGCCUUUCCAGAGUACUCUCUUAGAACUUUCACUGUGAAACAAGGGAACACAGUAGAACGUGAAGUCAGACACUUUCACUUCACAGUUUGGCCAGAUAUGAGUGUCCCAAUAUAUGCAACUGGUGUGUUAAAUAUGCUAGAACACGUUAACUCCAUCAAUGAUGCUAAUAGUGGACCAAUAGUAGUACAUUGCAGUGCUGGUGUUGGUCGUACUGGAUCAUUUAUAUCCAUUGAUUCAAUGCUGAAAAUGGCCAAGGCUGAGGGAUGUAUUGAUGUCUUCAACUUUGUGAAGAGGGGAAGGGAAAACAGAAUGAAUUUUGUUCAAACAGCAGAGCAAUACGAGUUUAUCCACACUGCUGUAUUAGAAGCUAUCUUGUGUGGAGACACUUCAAUAUCAGCAUCAGAUUUCAGGCUGAUUUAUGGUAAAUUACAGAUUGUUGAUAAAAAGACCAAAAAAUCACAACUACAAGUACAAUGGGAGAAUCUUGGUAAAGUGAGUCGUGAACCCAGAGCAGACGAAUGCGAAGUAGGAACGCUGGAGGAAAAUUCUGACAAAAAUAGAUUUCACAAUGUUUUACCAUUUGAUCGUCGUCGACUUCGUUUAAUGACGCCAGUAUAUGAUGAUGAUUUUUCAACCGACUAUGUCAAUGCAAGCUUUGUGAGCGCAUAUACAGUGAAAGAAGCAUUCAUGGUAACUCAGAUGCCAUUACCAAAUACUAUUGUAGAUCUGUGGAGAAUGGUUUAUGAUUACAAAUCAACAUCUAUUGUUAUGCUCAAUGAUAUGGAUCACAAUGAUAAGGUAACUCAGAUGCCAUUACCAAAUACUAUUGUAGAUUUGUGGAGAAUGGUUUAUGAUUACAAAUCAACAUCUAUUGUUGUGCUCAAUGAUAUGGAUCACAAUGAUAAGGUAUGUAUUCAUGGUGACUCAGAUGCCAUUACCAAAUACUACCAUAGAUCUGUAGAAAAUGGUUUAUUAUCAGAUUACAAAUCCACAUCUAUUGUUAUACUCAAUGAUAAGGUAUGUAUUCAUGGUAACUCAGAUGCCAUUACCAAAUACUAUCAUAGAUCUGUAGAAAAUGGUUUAUUAUCAGAUUACAAAUCCACAUCUAUUGUUAUGCUCAAUGAUAAGACCCUUGGACAAUACUGGCCUGAUGAGGGUGCUAUGCAAUGUGGACCCUUUCUGGUGGAGACUAUGAAAACUGAUAAAAUGCCAAAUAUAACAACAAGAACCAUGCAUUUGACAAAUACUGCCGAAGUAGCUUCACUACAAUUUAAAUGUGUGCUCUAUGUUCAAGGAGUGUUGGCAACAGCACUGCUAUCUGCUGAUACUAGUAGCGCCGCUGACGUUAUGGAGACCCAGUAUAAGUUCAUCGUAGUGUUGGUGAUAGCAACGGUCGGAUGUUUUAUCGUCACACUGAACAAUCAUCAAAAUGAUUUAACUUAUGAAUAUCGGUAUUCAAAGUCACCACGUGUCUUGACGGACGGAAACAAGAGCAGUGUUCGUGUGCUGGUUCUAGCUUCAUACAGAAGUGGUUCGACAUUCGUCUCAGAGCUCUUCAGGCAAAAUGAGCAUUUCUUUUCUUUGUUUGAACCGGGUUAUGUUUUGGCGGCAUGCUUGCCAAAUAACGAGAAGAAGAAAACAAUAUUUUCAGUCAGGAUAAUAGAAUUGCUUCGGGAUAUUUAUACGUGUGCAUUUAAAUCGUUGUAUGCACGCUGUUACGUUACCGCUGGAUCUGGAGGAUUUAGUGUCAAAAAUGCAAUGUCACGAACAUCGGGACUUCAGGAAAUUCAUGUAGACGACGUCAUUGAAUACUGCAACAAACGUGAACAUACUGCAGUGAAAACCAUACGAGUGAAAUAUUUGAAUGACGUAGUGCCUCUCAUUCGCGACUCAGACGUAAACUUGAAAGUAUUACACCUUAUAAGGGACCCGAGAGGAAAGUUCUCUUCGAUUCGGAAAUUACACAAAGGUCAAUUUACGUUAGAAAAAGUGAUGGAGAUGGUAAACCAAUAUUGCAAUGUCUGGGCUAGAAAUAUAGCAGUCGGAAAUGACGCAAGAACGUGGUUACAACAUAAAUAUAAAACUAUCAGAUAUGAAGAUUUGUCGCAACAUCCAAUCACCACAGCAACAGAAAUAUAUCAGUUUUUAGGACUGGAACUGCCAGAUAAUGUACGUAGUUGGCUGCACGAUAAUACUGCCCACACCAGUGACGGGACGUUUGGUACAAGUCGCAAUUCUAAUAUUACAUCAACAGCUUGGAGAAAUAAUCUUUCUUUUAACGAAGUACAACAGGUGCAGUCAUUUGGGAGUUGUCAACAAAUGAUGAAAUGGGCAGGUUACAAAAUCGCUAAUAGUCAUGAAGAGAUGAUGAACCUGAAUCACCGAGGUUGUGUGGCUGCUAUAUCCAUAUGGAGUUCAAAUCCAACCACAUCUCAAAAUUCAGUUUACACAAUUGGUUGCUAUGUGACUGGUAGACAUAGAGACUCUGAAAUCGUGAUUGGAAGAUACUUGGAUACAGGAACUGGACGAGUAGAUGAAGCCUAUCAUGUGGAUCAAAGUACUACAAGACAGGAAAGCAUCUCAGAUUAUGGAUUUCCACCCGGAUCUGUGCUAGACGUCAUAAACAAUGAAGAAAACAAUUUUAAAUUAUAUAAUAUUUCUAUCAGUAAUGGUACGGAUAAAUUUGGUGCUUAUUAUUGUGGAGUAAAUGGUGUGGAUGAAGCGAAGGUAGUCACUGUUGUUAAUGCAGUAAAAACUGAAGCGCUAGUUGUACCAGAAUCCUAUAGUUACUCAAUCAGUACAGAUGAUGAUAUUAGGCUAUCAGUGGAGUUAACUGGUGAAAACGACCCAUCAGAUCUGAGAUGGAGACGUAACUCUACGAUAUCAGUGGAGCAGUGGAAGGGACUUAGCCAAGUGAAUAUUGAUGAUGCUAAUUCAAAUAUUCCUGAGAUUUAUGAGGCCACGCUGAAGAAAAAACGGAAGGGAUUACAUGCAAUUAUGCUACUCAAUGUCAGAGGUUGUCCUGCAGGGAAGUGGGGGAGUGACUGCAGUAGCGACUGCCCACGCUGUUUGAACAGGGGGAUUUGUGAUGCUAAGACUGGCAAUUGUACAUGUCUACAAGGGUUUAUGGGGGAAGUGUGUCAGACAGCUUGCCCAGAGAGUUAUUUUGGUACAGAUUGUGAUGUCCUUUGUACAACUGAUGGUGCAUGUGCUGGUCACUAUGUAUGUCAACCUGGUCCUUUCGGGUGUGCAUGUACAGCAGGGUAUCAUGGAAGGAACUGUGAUCUAGUGUUACCAAAGUUGUCAAGUUUUCCGAACAUAGAAAAUGUUGAAUCGAAUAAAGUAACUGUGUCGUGGGAUAUCUGGAAUGAACAACGAGAUGUCGGUAGCGGCCCUGUCAUUGGCUAUGUAGUAUGGUACAAAAAGUCAUCGUCCGAUGAAUGGUUUAGGAAACCUAAUGAUAGAAUAUUGUCAACGAAUUCCACAGUGGUUGAUUCACUGAAGUUUAACACACAGUAUGAGUUUUCAGUCCAGUCAGUGGUAUCUGAUGAUGAAGUCAUUGUGAGAGGGCCGACUACACAAAAGAAAACAAAAUGUGGAACACCCACCGUUGCUAUAGCGAAUAUAGAGGUUGUUGCUACUGGUGGAAAUAGUCUACAGGUUUCCUGGCAGAUGCCAGAUCUGAAUAAGAAUAAUAUGCAGUGUAAAGUAGACAGUCAGGAUACGUCAUUUGUGAUUAAAUAUAAGAAAGACACCGAUGUAGCGUAUGAACGCAAGACAGUUCCGCACGACGUCCCGCACGACGUCCCGAAUCAGACUACAAUUCAUGAUUUAGAAUCUUGUACCAACUACACAAUUGUAAUGGUUGUGUUUAAUGGUGUCUCCUAUGGACCUGAAAGUCAAGUGGUAUCUGGUGUAACCAGUGUAUCAGAUCCUGUUGAAGUGGAAGAUUUACAAGUGGAGACGCAACAAACUGACGCUACCUCCCUGCACAUCGAGUGGAAUCGACCAAGUCAGUGCCAGUAUGAAUACAGUUAUGAAAUAAAGUAUAAACUUUUAACAAAAGGUACCUGUGAGAUUGCUGAUUCCGAUUGGACUACUCCAGUAUCUGUAGACAACAAUGUGUACGAUAUAAAUCAAUUAUUCCCAAACUCAGAGUAUAAAGUUUGUGUCAAAUCUGUCAUUGGCGAAAAGGAAAGUGGUGAUGUCAAAAAAUCGGGAAAAACUGAUAUUGCUGCACUAACCGACAUAGUGCAGAACUUCAGCACUUCAUCCAUUACCCACAAUGCAUUAGAACUGACAUGGAAUAGGCCACCAUGUGAUCCAUCAGCCCCGAUUAAUUUAUCUGUCGUUAGAACUAGCCUUACCUCAAUUGAAUUGCAAUGGAGUGCUCCUGUGACACCUAAUGGCAUUAUCACACAGUACAACAUAGAAUGGAUGCUUCACAACACCAAAAGCAAUGGUCGGGAACCUAUAGACGCCGUGACACGCUACAAUAUGACAAGUCUCGUCCCUGAUAGCACUUAUGAGAUCUGUGUACAAGCUGUGACUAUGGUUGGAAAUGGACUGUGUAGUAAUUAUAUAAUGGCUAACACAGGAAUACCAGGUAAUACAUCCAAUGAUUUCUUAUCAGUAUCAGUAUCAGACAAG